GGGAGGGUCUGCAGUUCCUAUUCCCCUCUUCCUACGGCAAAUUUUUGGGGACUCUUGGUUGGCAGGGUUUGCAAAGAGCACCUGGUAAAACCUGCUGCCCCCUACACGAUAUCUGGCGGCCUGCCCAUCACAGCCAGUCUCAGGGAGGCAAGCCCAGGGCCAUCUGCCCCCCUCCCAAGAAGUGGGGGGCUUGAUACCCCCUCCAAGUAGGUGCCCUGCUUCCAGUUAACUCCGCCCACAGGGCAGGGGCUGCUGACUCACGUGGCCCUGCUGAUGAAUAAGCCCUUCAGCCUUUCUUCCCAAGAACUACAGCUGUGCCCCCACCCCCGGCUCCUUCCCCAAGCUUCCCACUAGCCCCCUUCCCUCCGGGGGCCAGAGCUUGAGCCGAGCCGGUCGGCUGAGCCGCUCCGAGCCGCCGGUGCCGCCGGGAAGAUGGCCGUGGCGCUGCGGUACUUGUGGCCUCUCCUCCUGUGCAGCCCCUGCCUGCUCAUCCAGAUCCCCAAGGAAUAUGAAGGACACCAUGUGAUGGAGCCACCAGUCAUCACAGAACAGUCUCCGCGACGCCUGGUUGUCUUCCCCACCGAUGACAUCAGCCUCAAGUGUGAGGCCAGCGGCAAACCCGAAGUGCAGUUCCGCUGGACUCGGGAUGGCGUCCACUUCAAACCCAAGGAGGAGCUAGGCGUGACCGUGAACCAGGCACCCCACUCUGGCUCCUUCACCAUCACGGGCAACAACAGCAACUUCGCCCAGAGUUUUCAGGGCACCUAUCGCUGCUUUGCCAGCAACAAGCUGGGCACCGCCAUGUCCCACGAGAUCCAGCUCAUGGCCGAAGGUACCCCCAAGUGGCCCAAGGAGACAGUGAAGCCUGUGGAGGUGGAGGAAGGGGAGUCGGUGAUUCUGCCCUGCCACCCUCCGCCCAGUGCAGAGCCGCUCCGGAUCUACUGGAUGAACAGCAAGAUCAUGCACAUCAAACAGGACGAGCGGGUGACAAUGGGCCAGAACGGCAACCUCUACUUUGCCAAUGUGCUCACCUCGGACAAUCACUCAGACUACAUCUGCCAUGCCCACUUCCCUGGCACCCGGACCAUCAUUCAAAAGGAACCCAUUGACCUCCGGGUCAAGGCCACCAACAGCAUGAUGGACAGGAAGCCGCGCCUGCUCUUCCCCACCAACUCCAGCAGCCACCUGGUGGCCUUGCAGGGGCAGCCCUUGGUCCUGGAGUGCAUUGCGGAGGGCUUCCCCACACCCACCAUCAAGUGGCUGCGCCUGAAUGGUCCCAUGCCAGCCGACCGAGUCACCUACCAGAACCACAACAAGACCCUGCAGCUGCUGAACGUGGGCGAGGAGGACGAUGGCGAGUACCGCUGCCUGGCUGAGAACUCACUGGGCACUGACCGGCAUGCAUACCACGUCACUGUGGAAGCCGCCCCGCACUGGCUGCGCAAGCCCCAGAGCCGCUUGUACGGACCGGGAGAGACUGCCCGCCUGGACUGCCAGGUGCAGGGCAGGCCCCGGCCGGAGGUCACCUGGAGAGUCAACGGGAUCCCCAUGGAGGAGCUGGCCAAGGACCAGAAGUACCGGAUCCAGCAUGGAGCCCUAGUCCUGAGCAACGUGCAGCCCAGUGACACGAUGGUGACCCAGUGCGAGGCCCGCAACCGGCAUGGACUGCUACUGGCCAACGCCUACAUCUAUGUGGUUGAGCUGCCGGCCAAGAUCCUGACCCCAGACAAUGAGACUUACAUGGCAGUGCAGGGCAGCACCGCCUACCUUCUGUGCAAGGCCUUUGGAGCCCCCGUGCCCAGCAUCCAGUGGCUGGACAAGGAAGGAAAGACGGUGCUACAGGACGAGCGCUUCUUCCCCUAUACCAAUGGGACCCUGGGCAUCCGAGACCUCCAGGCCAAUGACACUGGCCACUACUUCUGCCAGGCUGCCAAUGACCAGAACAACGUCACCAUUGUGGCUAACCUGCAGGUCAAAGAUGCCACACAGAUCAUCCAGGGGCCCCGGAGCAUGAUCGAGAAGAAAGGCUCAAGAGUGACGUUCACGUGCCAGGCCUCCUUUGACCCCUCCUUGCAGCACAGCAUCACCUGGCAUGGGGAUGGUCGCAAUCUCCAGGAGCUUGGGGACAGUGACAAGUACUUCAUAGAGGAUGGGCACUUGGUCAUCCACAGCCUGGACUACAGUGACCAGGGCAACUACAGCUGUGUGGCCAGCACCCAGCUGGAUAUGGUGGAGAGCAGGGCGGAGCUCCUGGUGGUGGGGAGCCCCGGACCUGUGCCUCAGCUGGAACUGUCCGAUCGCCAUUUGCUGAAGCAGAGCCAGGUGCACCUGUCUUGGAGCCCCGCUGAUGACCACAACGCCCCCAUUGAGAAGUAUGACAUUGAAUUUGAGGACAAGGAGAUGGCGCCUGAGAAAUGGUACAGUCUGGGCAAGGUGCCUGGGAACCAGACCUCCACCACCCUCAAGCUGUCACCCUAUGUCCAUUACACCUUCAGAGUUACUGCCAUCAACAAAUACGGCCCUGGCGAGCCCAGCCCAGCCUCUGAGACUGUGGUCACACCUGAGGCAGCCCCAGAGAAGAAUCCUGUGGAUGUGAAGGGGGAAGGAAAUGAGACCAACAACAUGGUUAUCACUUGGAAGCCGCUCAGGUGGAUGGACUGGAAUGCCCCCCAGGUUCAGUAUCGUGUGCAGUGGCGCCCUCAGGGGGCUCUGGGGGCCUGGCAGGAACAGAUCGUGAGCGACCCCUUCCUGGUGGUGUCCAACACGUCCACCUUUGUACCAUAUGAGAUCAAGGUCCAGGCCGUUAACAGCCAGGGCAAGGGCCCUGAGCCCCAGAUCACCAUUGGCUACUCUGGGGAGGACUACCCCCAGGCAAGCCCUGAGAUAGAAGGUAUCAAGAUCCUCAACUCGAGCACCGUGCUGGUCAAGUGGUGGCCUGUGGACCCAGCCCAGGUCAAGGGCCACCUCCGGGGAUACAAUGUGACUUACUGGUGGGAGGGCAGUCAGAGGAAGCACAGCAAGAGGCAUGUCCACAAAGGCCAUGUGGUGGUGCCUGCCAACACCACCAGUGCUGUCCUGGGGGGCCUGCGGCCCUACAGCUCCUACCAUGUGGAGGUGCAAGCCUUUAAUGGCCGGGGACUGGGGCCUGCCAGUGAGAUGGCCUUCAUCACCCCGGAGGGAGUGCCCGGACACCCUGCGGCGCUGCACCUGGAAUGCCAGUCGGACACCAGCCUGCUGUUGCACUGGCAGCCCCCGCUCAGCCACAACGGCGUGCUCACUGGCUACGUGCUCUCUUACCACCCGCUGGAUGACGGGGGCAAAGAGCAGUUGUCCUUUGACCUUCCGGACCCUGAGCUGCGGACACACAACCUGACCAACCUCAGCCCCCACCUGCGGUACCGCUUCCAGCUGCAGGCCACCACAAAGGAGGGCCCUGGCGAGGCUAUUGUGCGGGAAGGAGGCACCAUGGCCUUAUCCGGGACCCCGGAUUUUGGCAACAUCUCGGCCAUGGCUGGCGAGAAUUACAGUGUGGUCUCCUGGGUCCCGAAGGAGGGCCAGUGCAACUUCGGGUUCCAGAUCUGGUUCAAAGCCCUGGGGGAUGAGAAGAUGGGUGCUACUCUCCCACCACAGUAUGUCAGCUACAACCAGAGCUCCUACACGCAGUGGGACCUGCAGCCUGACACCGACUACGAGAUCCACUUGCUCAAAGAGCGGGUGCUUCUGCACCAGAUGGCCGUGAAGACCAAUGGCACCGGCCGCGUGAGACUCCCUCCUGCCGGCUUUGCCACUGAGGGCUGGUUCAUUGGCUUCGUCAGUGCCAUCAUCCUCUUACUUCUCUUCCUACUCAUCCUCUGUUUUAUCAAGCGCAGUAAGGGUGGCAAGUACUCAGUGAAGGAUAAGGAGGACACCCAGGUGGACUCCGAGGCGCGGCCAAUGAAGGACGAGACCUUUGGCGAGUACAGGUCCCUGGAGAGCGACAACGAGGAGAAGGCCUUUGGCAGCAGCCAGCCAUCCCUCAACGGAGACAUCAAGCCUUUGGGCAGUGACGACAGCCUGGCCGACUACGGGGGCAGCGUGGAUGUCCAGUUCAACGAGGACGGCUCCUUCAUCGGCCAGUACAGUGGCAAGAAAGAGAAGGAGGCGGCAGGAGGCAAUGACAGCUCAGGGGCCGCCUCUCCCAUCAACCCUGCGGGGACCCUGGAGUAGCAGGGUCUGGCCAGGCCAGGCCAGGCAGAGCACAGCCCAGGACUGGGCCGCAGGGGAGUCAGAGGCCAAGACUCCCCAGCCUGAGGCCUGUGCUGGGUCCCUGGCCUCUGGCCCUGAGCCCAACGGAGGCUUGAGGUGGAGGCAGGGAAGAGGAUUUCACUGCCUCUCAUACCUUCUGACUACCCGGUCCCCAGUUUAUUGCCAAAACCCAGCUGCACCCCUCCUUGGGCACACACUGCUUUGCUCUGCUCAGGGCUGAUCACCCACACAUCUGGAGCCUUCAGGUGCUGUCUUGCCAGCCUUUGGGCAGAGAGAGGCUGUGGUCAGGGGAGAGGAAGUGGGGAUGGCGGCUCUACCCUCCGCUGUCCCUUGGCCUGCCUGGCUGGGACUGGGGACAGAACUCGGUGUCUCCACCAUCUGUUCCCUCUUCUUUGCCAUCUCGGCUCCAACUGGGAUGGGAGCUGGGCAAGCUGGCCAUGGAUGCAGAGGAGGCCAUCUGGAGAGCCCAGAGUCCCCACCUGCCUGUAUCACCCUCAACUGGCACCUCUCCGCCCACUGCCCACCCAACCCUGCGGCCGGCUUUCAGGAGCUCCGUACACACGCUGCCUUUGGUACCCACCAGACAACAUCCAAGUGGCCUCUGUCACUGCCCAGGUGCGGGGCAGGCACACCUCCCUCCUCCCCGGCCCUGGCCUCUCCCAGCCGCCACCACUCCCCGGGACCCCUUAGCAGCUCCACUUAACCCCCUUCUGAACAGUUCCUUUCCUCAGCUUCCCCCAUCCCCACCUUGGGAAUGUAAAUACACCGUGACUUUGAAAAUUUGUACCCUUGCCCUUUCCCCAUAUGCCACUAGUGUGUAGGCAGAUGUCUGAGUCUCUAGGUGGUUUCUAGGUUUUAUAGCAGUUAGCUUUGAUGAUCCCAUCCCAGGAAAAAUAAAAACAGACAAAAUAAAAAAAGGAAAGAUUGGUUCUCCCAGCUCCGCUGUGCUCCUGUGCGGCAGCCACCGUCUCCCUGUACGCCUUUGCUUGGUCUGUUGAUGAGCCCUUUACAAAAAACAAAAGUAUAUAUAUAUAUAUGUACAUAAGUAUCAGAAUUAUAAAAGGCAAAUAAAAACCUGGAAACGAA